AUGCUGGCGCGGGGCGUCGCAAUGGCGAUGCGCAGCCCAAUCGGGGGGAUGAAGCGUCGACCGUUCCGAGGCGCACCGGCUCCGCGCCGUUCUGCGUUAUUCUCCUCCUCGUCCUUAUUACAAUUAGAGGCCUUGCUGGUGUUUGGUGAGCCCCAUGCGAUUGUUGCGGCUUUUCUUCAAUCUGCGCAGCGUGAGAAUUGUGUUGCUCUGCAACAAGUUUUUUCUUGUAGUGUUUCGACGGAUGUUCUUCUUUGUGCGUGUGUCGCCAUGGUGACUCCGUCAGGUUUGUGGCCGCCCUUUGUUGCACAGCGUCUGAAGAUGCCUCGCGAAGGGAGGGAUGCAGACUUGACAUCAACUUCGUGGCGGGCAUUUGCCUUUGCUCUUGUGCGAUGUAUUUACUCCGUCCAGAGCCAUAAUGGUGGGAUCUCGGCGCUUGGACUUCUAUGUGCAACAUGUUUGGCCCCGUCUUUGAAACUCGGUGAGCGUCUUGUUGGAUUGUUGUCUGAUCCUGCGGUGAAUUUGUCAAGAAUUAGAGCGAAUACGUUGUCUAACUCCAACUUUACUGCAGCGGAUGUUGCUACAGCGUUUGCGACAUGCUGUUCUAUGAACAAUGUGAGCCCAGAGAAGAGCGAUGCUGCGUGGAUGCGGCUAUGGUCGGAGAUGCAGGCCAGGCCAGACGAUGAAUUGAGUCCAGCGUGGGUCCGCUGUCAUGAACUGCAUCUUCUUCGUCUUCUUGGCGCCGGCCGGCGCCAAGAAAUUGAGGCGGUGAUCCGGAAGAUUAUCGAAACGCCACUGGUGCGUUGCAUUUCGGAUGCCACCCUCUCUGAGCUUUUUCUUCUAGAGUCCUUAAGUCCCAUGAUGCAGGGUAAAAUAGUUGCAGCGCUUCUGGAGGUGAGCCGCGUGAAGAGCGAGGCGGCAUCAGCCUUUUUUCAUGUACUGUCGCCCUUUGAACGCGGCCGCAGACUUCCCAGUGUUACUCAGAGCAGUAGUCUUUUUGCAAAGGUGCUGCACUUUCUCGUGCUUCAGGCGCGUGAGGAACCUUGUUUUAAGAACCACACACGGGUGCUCCACGACAUUCAGGGACUUUGCCGCGUCGCUAACUCCUAUGCGCUUGCGGCCUCGUUGGUUCCCAAUGACAGUCCACUUGCGUCGCUCAUGACGGCGUCACUGGACAAGCAACGUGCCCGUUUAAUGGCCACAUUUGUGGAAGCCGUGACCGAAGUGACAGAGUUGGCUUGUGGACUCACUCACCGCAUCGAUGGCAAUCGUCAUGACGACUGCGUAGAGGCCACUCUGCGGGGGUGUGUUGAUGUGCUCACGGGAUUGUUGUCACUUUGCUCGAACCGCCGCGAAAAACUCCCUCAGAGAAGAGCAGAGCCGGAGUGGAGGAAGCGGCUGCACCGUGAUGCCGCUGUUCGCUCGCACAAGUACGAACUACUCUGUUGUGAGCUGCCACACGGCUUCCUUAGUCGGUGUCUUUCCACGCUUCUUUGGAACGGCUUUGUGUGCACAGGCUGCGAUCUCGGCAGUUGCCUGGUCUCUGCGGACUUUGUUGAUCUUCACUUUUACACACUUGCUCUUCUUGGCUCACUCUACCACGCCACCCUUGUGGCGCCGCAGCAAUCCGACAUAUCGCCGAUGAUUCAUUCAUUGUAUCGCAGACGACGGGAAGUGUUUGGCGAGGACGUUUCGGCUUUGAAACAAUACGUUUCUGCCGCAAACUCAUCCGGCCCCGGGCUUGUACAGUGCGAAACGGCGGUGGUGCAGUAUGGACUAGCCGAGGCUGAGGCGACUCUCGCUCUACUGCACGCGCGUUCGACUGUGGCUGCCGGUGGCUCCAUCGUCAUUGACGGCAGCUUUGGUGUAUGGCUGCGGAAGGCCUCCUCGACGGUGGUGUGGUAUUAG